AUGCCGUCUUUAAACCUUCUGGCACUCGCGCUGAGUACGCUGCCUUUUGCAGCUGCAGUCUCCUGUCCAUACAUACAAGGAAACCAGGCCCGCGCCGCUGCUCCCAUCCUUCACCCGGAAGAACUCAUCCAGCCACGGGCAACCGUCGGUGCUCCCGACUUCGGACAAUGUUCGCGGAAGACCAAGGUUGCCGGUGGCGGCACGCGAAGCGCUGACUUCUGGCCCUGCCAACUCAAUUUGGCCGUUCUUCGCCAAAACGCCGACAAGGUCAAUCCGCUCGAUCAAGAUUUCGACUAUGCUGCUGCCUUCGCCAAGGUCGAUGUCGCGCAACUGAAGAAGGAUCUCACCCAGCUGCAGACUGACUCUCAAAAGUUCUGGCCUGCUGACUAUGGAAACUACGGGCCCUUCUGGAUUCGCUUAUCCUGGCACAAUGCCGGCACGUACCGCAUGGUUGAUGGCCGUGGAGGUGCCGGCAUGGGCCAGCAGCGCUUUGCACCCCUCAACAGCUGGCCCGACAAUGCCAGUCUUGACAAGGCCCGCCGACUUUUGUGGCCGAUCAAGCAAAAGUACGGAAGCUCUCUUUCCUGGGCUGAUCUCUUUGUUUACGCUGGCAACGUCGCCCUGGAAAACAUGGGCUUCCCGACCUACGGUUUUGCAUUCGGUCGUGUCGAUACCUGGCAGUCUGACGAAGGCAUCUACUGGGGCAGCGAGCAAGAAUUCUUCCCUAGCAAGAAGAGCAGCGCAGCUCGCUACAACGACAGCACUGAUAUCAACGCGCGCGCCGAAAAGCUGGAGAGCCCUCUGGGUGCCGCUAAUCUUGGUCUGAUCUAUGUCAAUCCCGAGGGCCCUGACGGCGAGCCCGACCCUCUUGCUUCCGCCAAAGACAUCCGCAUGACAUUUGGACGCAUGGGAAUGGAUGACGAGGAGACGGUUGCGCUCAUUGCUGGCGGCCAUGCUUUUGGCAAAACUCACGGUGCCGUUCCUGGCGACAACAUUGGGCCGGACCCGAACAACGCCCCUCUCGAGCAGCAAGGCCUCGGCUGGAAGAACAGCUUCAACACUGGAGUCGGAAACAACAGCUUCACGAGCGGCUUGGAAGUCAUCUGGUCGCGUACCCCCACAAAGUGGGCGAAUAAUUUCCUGACUUCCCUCAUGAAGCACAAUUGGACUCUCGUUACUAGUCCCGGCGGAGGCAAGCAGUGGGAGGCUACCGACUCCAACGCGACGCAGCCCGAUCCAUUCAACAAGGACAAACUCCACAAGCCCACGAUGCUCACGAGCGAUCUUGCCCUUCGAUACGACCCGGUAUACAAGAACAUUUCCGAAAAGUUCCUUGGCGACUUCGACUACUUCACAAAGAAGUUCUCUGUUACCUGGUACAAGCUGCUCCAUCGUGACAUGGGGCCACUGGUACGCUACCUUGGCCCAGAGCUUCCCAAGGACGCCCCCCUGAUCUGGCAGGAUCCUCUGCCUGCUGCCAGUGAGCAGGUCAUCGGCGAUGAGGAUGUAGCACAGCUGAAGAAAGAUAUCCUUGCUGCCCCCGGAUUAAAUAUUUCCAACCUGGUCACUACCGCAUGGGGUUCAGCCUCUAGCUUCCGCAUCUCUGAUAAGCGCGGCGGCGCCAACGGCGCACGCAUCGCCCUUAAGCCACAGAACAGCUUCGCGGCAAACAACCCCGAGCGACUGAAGGCUGUCAUUAGCUCUCUACAAGGAGUCAUGAAGAAGUUUAACUCGGCCAACGGCGACAAGCAGGUUUCCCUCGCCGACCUCAUUGUUCUCGGCGGCAAUGCUGCCGUCGAAAAAGCCGCCGCCGACGGCGGUCUCGACAUCCCGGUGCCCUUUACUCCUGGUCGUGUUGACGCGACUCAAGAUCAGACUGACGAGACUGUAUUUGCUUUCCUCGAACCCCAGGCCGAUGGCUUCCGCAACUUUGGUCAAGGCAACAGCCGCGCUCUUACCGAGGAGCUGCUUGUUGACAAGGCUAGUCUCCUGACCUUGAGCCCGCCCGAGCUUACCGUGCUCAUUGGCGGUCUUCGCGCCCUCGACGCCAACUUUGAUGGGUCGAAGCAUGGCAUCCUCACCGAUAGCCCCGGCAAGCUCACGAAUGACUUCUUUGUCAACCUCCUUGACAUUGCCAGUGUCUGGAAACCAGUAGAAAGCAGCAACCAGGAGCUUUAUGAGUCUAGCGACCGUGAGAGUGGAAAGGUCAAGUACACAGCAACCCGUGCGGACCUCAUCUUCAGCUCCCAACCUGAACUUCGUGCUGUUGCCGAGGUUUAUGCUUCUAGCGACGCAAAGAAAAAGUUUGCCAGCGAUUUCGCCAAGGCUUGGGCCAAGGUCAUGGAACUCGAUCGUUACGACAUCAAGGGCCGCAAGCAGAACAACGUACAGUAA